GCCGCUCGCGCAAAACUAUCGCCGAUUUAAAAUGUGUUGUUAAUACCGAGUGUUUAUUAUCAACAGCUGUAACAAUGAACGUCUCGACGACUCAGAGUAACUGGGAGUGGUAUAAGGAGGUGGUGCGAUCGUGGUUGGAGGACCCCCUCGUGGAGGAGUUUGGGGGUCUCAAUAUGACGUCACUGAACAUGGACCAGGCAUACAUGACUGGGGUGUCUGACAGAAAUGUUUCCAUCUACAGCGUCUCAGAUGAUUGUUUUCGAUGCCCGUUCGAGCUACAAAAAACACUAGAAGCGGGCGUGCCGAGUACGUUCGUGGUGAGCACUUCUCGCCGCGCCACCUGGCGAGUCUACGAGGACGUCCGCGAACAGUACAUGAGCGCCGCUAAUGCUACAAGUCUGAUCUGCCAGCUACGUCCUGAUCUAGGAGAGUUCGGCGUGUACACAUUGAACGCGACCGGCGAAGGUUGCGACGUGCGUACUGAUAAGGAACCAGUGAACAUCUACUUGCCUCUGCUGCUUUGUGUGUGCUUGCUGCUGGGAGUAUGGAUAUUGUAUGGCCUGGGAAAACUAAUCAUGUCGAGGAUCAGACGGACUGGCAAGCUGCGUUACGGAGACAAAGAAUUAGCCAUGCAGCAGCGGCUUCGGGCACUUGACACGUUUAGAGGGAUUGCUAUAGUGUUCAUGAUUUUCGUGAACGACGGCGCCGGCGGAUACUGGUGGCUGGAGCACGCGACAUGGAACGGUCUGGCAGCUGGUGACCUGGUCUUCCCCGCCUUCCUCUGGAUCAUGGGCGUCUGCAUUCCGCUCUCUGUCAAGAGCGCCUUCGCUAAAGGCAUACCUAGAUGGAAGAUCGUACUGCAUAUACUCAGGCGUUCGAUAGUGAUGUUCGUGCUGGGUGUAUCUCUGAACACAAUCUACGGCUCCAACAUGUUGGGCGAGCUUCGUGUGAUGGGCGUACUGCAACGACUGGCUGUUGCUUAUCUCGUCGCCGCGGGCUUCUACGCUCUCACAGCACCUAAGUACUAUACACCACCACGGGGCGCGUGCGGGCAAGCGCUCAAAGACCUAAUGUCCUGCAUCUGGUGCUGGGUGCUGGCGGCUGCGCUGGUGGCCGCGCAUACCGCCAUCACCUUCAUCGUCCACCACCCGGACUGUCCUGCGGGCUAUUUGGGACCGGGCGGCAAACAUGACGAGUGGGCGGCGCCGGAGUGCGGGGGCGGCGCUGCCGGCUACCUCGACCGUCUGCUGUUAGGUGACGCCCACCUCUACCAGAACAGCGACGCUCGCCGCGUCUACGGCGGACCUCCUACAGAUCCUGAAGGAUUACUCGGCUGCCUGACGUCGGCGGUGCAGGCGCUGCUGGGCGUGCAGGCGGGCGCCACGGUCCUGCUGCAGCGCGCGCACCGCGCCCGCGUCUCGCGCUGGCUGGCCUGCGCGCUCGCCCUCGCCCUCGCCGGAGCCCUGCUGGCUGGCUUCUCGCGCGACCACGGCGUCUUGCCAAUUAACAAGAACCUCUGGUCCAUGUCGUUCGUGUUGGUGACGUCUGCGUGCUCGCUGACGCUGCUGAGCAUCUGCUACACGUUCACGGACGCGUGGCGGCUGUGGGGCGGCGCGCCCUUCCGCGCUCCCGGCCUCAACGCCAUCGCGCUGUACGUGGGGCACUCGCUGUGCGCCCACCUGUUCCCCUUUCACUGGCGCGUGCCCCUCAUGCGGACUCACGCCGUGCGCCUCGCCGAGGCGGUGUGGGGCACCGCGCUGUGGGUCCUCAUCGCCCACGUCAUGGCCAAGAAGAAAGUGUUCAUAACCCUCUGAGAAUACGCCUCAUUCGACUCCGCGUUGGCCGUCAACAUAGCGGAGUACGAGCUGUUCACCAACGUGCGCGUGCGCGACGUGCGGCGCGAGACUGACAUAGUGCGGCUGCGCGCGCGCACGCCCGACACGCGCCACAUCCCGCCGCGCUCCCCCCUCUGCACCCCCCUACUGCCGCACAGGCGCAAGCGCAAUGUCGUGUCUCUCUAGUUAACUGACACUAUAGAGUUUUUUUGAAGUUAUAAAGUAGAUUGACAAGUGUGGACAUAACUUUUGGCUCAGAUUUGAACCCUUCGAUACACAAAUUUUUACUACGAGAAAUUGACUUUUAGAGUAUAUUUUAAGAUUAGCUUUCGUGGAUUCUUUUGAAUUGUGUCCACGUGUUUGAAGUGCCGUUAAAUAUAUUUUAUAAUACUUUUUAUAUCUAGAAUUUAUAAGUAUAGUGACAUAUCUUUAAGAAUCGUCUGUAUGUCACGAUAAAAUCUAAUUUCUGAUAAGAGUUUUUUGUAAUGUAGAUUUAAAUAAUGCUCAAAAACAAAGUGUUUACGAUACCUUUGAAAGUUUGUAUUUGUCCGUGUGAGCUUCAGAACAUAAUCAAAUCUAGUCUCGUUCAGAGAUAAGUAACAAAUUCUACUUCUUACAUUGUGUAAAAGUCUAGAAUUUAAGAUUA